AUGCCCCGGACAAUAUUCCCAACCAGGCAUAUCCACACCCUUAAAACACACAAUGGCCCCGUCAACGCGGUAACCUUCUCAAGCUCCGGCGGCACCUACGUCCUCACAGGUUCGUCAGAUCGAGCAGUCCACCUUUCGCGCGCAGUUCCAAACAACACCAAUACCCCGACCGUGGUAGAGACCAUAAACCCUAUCCAGAAAUACGAAGCGCAUGGCUACUCCGUCCUCGACAUCGCCGUCACAGCGGACAACGCGCGCUUCGCCAGCGUAGGAGGCGAUCGCCAAGUCUUCCUAUGGGAUGUCGAGCAAGGCAUCACGACCAAACGAUGGUCAGGCCACAAUAGCCGAGUCGAAGCCGUGCAAUUUGCCGGCGAUGGCGACUCUGUCGUAGUAACCGGUAGUGCAGACACAACAAUCAACCUCUGGGACACCCGUUCCUCAAGCUACAAACCCAUCCAAACCCUCACCGAGGCAACCGACACAGUCUCAACACUACACGUGCACAUGGGAUCCUACUCAAUAGCAAGCGGCAGCUACGACGGCCACGCCCGGAUCUACGAUGUUCGCACAGGAAAGACGACCGUCGACGUCCUCGCGCACCCGGUAACAAGCGUGCGCUGCUCGAGCGACGGGAACGCACUCCUGGCUUCGACGCUGGACGGAUAUAUCCGCUUGCUGGAUCGGAUGGAUGGGAAGCUUCUUAAUGCAUUUGGGGGGGAGAAGACUGUUGCGGGCGGGAUAGGGAAACCGCGGCAUUCGUAUCGGAAUGCGGAGCUGCGGGUGCGCUCUGUUUUUGCGAUGGGGGAUGCGGUUGUGCUAAGUGGGAGUGAGGAAGGGACGGCUGGGGCGGCGGCGUUUGCUUGGGAUGUUGUUAAGGGGGAGGUUAUUGCUGCUGUGCCUGUUGGGGAGAAGGUUAAGGCUGUCAGUUGUGUGGCGUGGAAUGAGGGUGUUGGGGAUUGGGCUGCUGGGUGUUCUGAUGGUACUGUCAGAGUCUACGGGUGA